AUGUACGCCAACAAGCGCCUCAACAAGAAGCGCCUCAAGAAGCGCAAGGGAUACGAGGCGGCGCUGGUGGAGAAGCGGAUCCUGGCGCGCGUCCACAGCCGCUUCAUCGUGUCCUUGGCCUGCGCCUUCCAGACCAAGACCGACCUCUGCCUCGUCAUGACCAUCAUGAACGGCGGCGACCUGCGGUUCCACAUCUACAACGUGGACGAGGCCAACCCGGGGUUCGAGGAGCCGCGGGCCGUGUUCUACACGGCGCAGAUCCUGCUGGGGCUGGAGCACCUGCACCAGCACCGCAUCGUCUACCGCGACCUCAAGCCCGAGAACGUCCUGCUCGACGACGCCGGCCACGUCCGUCUGUCCGACAUGGGUCUGGCCGUGGAGAUCAAGGAGGGGCACGACAAAACCCGCGGCUACGCCGGGACCCCGGGGUUCAUGGCCCCGGAGCUGCUGCGGGACGAGGAGUACGACUGGUCCGUCGAUUACUUCACGCUGGGGGUGACGCUCUACGAGAUGCUCGAGGCCAAGGGGCCCUUCCGGCGGCGGGGGGAGAAGGUGGAGAACAAGGAGGUGACGCGGCGCAUCCUGCACGACCCCGUGAGCUACUCGGGCCGGUUCAGCGCGGCGGCGCGGGCGGCCUGCGAGGGGCUCCUGGCCAAGGACCCCCAGAGCCGCCUGGGCUUCCGGGGGGGCGACUGCGCCCAGCUCAAGGCGACUACCCCUUCUUCAGGGCCCAUCAACUGGGGGCGGCUCGGGGCAGACUGGGUGCCCCCCCUGUUCGUGCCGGACCCCCGGCAGGUGUACGCCAAGGGACCUGGGGACGUGGGGGCUUUCUCGACAGUGAGGGGGGUGGAGCUGGACGGGGGGGACGCGGCGAUGUUCGACGCCUUCGCCUCGGGCACCGUGGCCAUCCCCUGGCAGGAGGAGCUGAUCGAGACCGGCGUCUUCGACGAGCUCAACGUCUGGGGGGCCCCGGGGACGCUGCCCCCCGACCUGGACCCCAACGCCGCGGGGGGGGCGGGGGGGGGCAAGUCCUCCACCUGCUGCCUGCUCUGA